AUGGAGUUCACUGGGGUCCAGUGCCUGGUCCAGUACCAGAUCCAGCCGGUGUUCGUGGCGCCACGUCCAGCAGGGGGCGCUGCGGGCCUGUCCCGCCCGGGGCCUCCCGGGCCGCCCACCCCGCGGGCGCGCCUCUCCUCAGUCCAGCGCCGCCCGGGCCCGGGACCUGCUCCUUCCGAGCCCUCAGACCUCUCCACCGGGAUCAAGAGGACGCGGCCCGCUGGCGGCCACCCCCGGCCUCACUCCGGCUCGCAGUGCAGCGCAUCACCGCGUCCCGGGCUCCGACUCGGAGCGCACGGCUCGCGCCCCGGGCAACAGCGUGUCCCGGGAGCCCCGACUGUGGGGCAGGACGCAGGGCGGCGGCUGGCUGGGGAUGGGCGGCCCGGCUGCGGCGUGGACGGGCUGGCUACCGCGCCGGCCGCCCCGGUGCUGCCCCUGCGCGGCGCCCCUUCCCCGCUCCGCCGCGCACUGUUGUCAUGGAGGAACCAAGAUGGCGGCUCUGGCCUACACCCUGGGCAAGCGGGAGAUCAACCACUACUUCAGCCGGGCCCUCCCCCUUGCCCGGGCCGCGGGGGGCUCCGAGCGCUGCUGCUGGCGCUGGUGGCCGCGGGGGUCCCGGCCGGCGCCUACAACCUCGACGCGCAGCGCCCGGUGCGCUUCCAGGGCCCGGCGGGUUCCUUUUUCGGCUACGCGGUGCUGGAGCAUUUCCACGACAACACGCGCUGGGUCCUUGUGGGUGCACCAAAGGCAGAUUCCAAGUACAGCCCUUCAGUAAAGUCCCCUGGAGCAGUGUUUAAGUGCCGUGUCCACACCAACCCUGACCGGAGAUGCACUGAACUGGACAUGGCUCGAGGGAAAAAACGAGAUGAGCCCUGUGGGAAGACCUGCAGGGGAGACCGAGAUGAAGAGUGGAUGGGGGUGAGCCUGGCCCGGCAGCCCAGAGCAGAUGGCCGUGUUCUGGCCUGUGCCCAUCGUUGGAAGAACAUCUACUAUGAAACAGACCACAUCCUGCCCCAUGGAUUCUGCUACCUCAUCCCGUCCAACCUCCAGGCCAAAGGCAAGGAGCUGAUCCCCUGCUACGAAGAGUAUAAGAAGAAGUAUGGGGAGGAACAUGGCUCCUGCCAGGCCGGGAUGUCAGGCUUCUUCACUGAGGAGCUGGUGAUCAUGGGUGCCCCAGGCUCAUUUUAUUGGGCUGGGACAGUCAAGGUGCUGAAUCUCACGGACAACACGUACUAUAAACUGAAUGAUGACGUGAUUAUGAGCAGGCGGUAUACCUACCUGGGCUACGCAGUGACCGCUGGCCACUUCUCUCAUCCGUCCAUCACUGACGUGGUAGGAGGUGCCCCGCAGGAUGAAGGCAUUGGAAAGAUUUAUAUAUUCAGAGCUGACCGGAGAUCAGGGACCUUAAUAAAGAUUUUCCAGGCAUCAGGAAAAAAGAUGGGCUCUUACUUCGGCUCCUCCUUGUGUGCAGUUGACCUAAAUAUGGACGGCCUCUCUGAUCUGCUCGUGGGAGCCCCCAUGUUUUCUGAGGUCAGAGAUGAAGGGCAGGUUACUGUCUACCUCAGCAAAGGAAAUGGAGCCCUUGAGGAACAGCUGUCCCUGACUGGAGAUGGUGCCUACAAUGCACACUUUGGGGAGAGCAUUGCCAACCUGGGUGAUCUUGAUGAUGAUGGGUUUCCAGAUGUGGCCAUUGGUGCACCUAAGGAGGAUGACUUUGCUGGCGCGGUGUACAUCUAUCACGGUGAUGCCAAUGGAAUCGUCCCGCAGUACUCAAUGAAGCUUUCGGGGAGGAAGAUAAACCCGGUCCUGCGGAUGUUUGGCCAGUCCAUAUCCGGGGGCAUUGAUAUGGAUGGAAAUGGCUAUCCUGAUGUCACCAUAGGAGCCUUCCUGUCCGACAGCGUGGUCCUCCUCAGAGCCAGAUCGGUCAUCACUGUGGCUGUCUCCAUCUUCCUCCCAGGCUCCAUCAACAUCACAGCACCUCAGUGUCAUGAUGGACAGCAGCCCGUGAACUGCCUGAAUGUCACCGUGUGUUUUCGCUUCCAUGGCAAGCAUGUGCCAGAAGAAAUCGAUCUGAGCUACAAUCUGACGGCUGAUGUGGCCCAGAAGGAGAAGGGCCAGCUGCCCAGAGUCUAUUUCGUGCUGCUGGGAGAGACUGCCGGCCAGGUCUCAGAGAAGCUGCAGCUGACCAGCAUGGAGGAGACGUGUCAUCACUACCUGGCCCAUGUCAAGCGGAGGGUCCAGGAUGUCAUCAGCCCCAUCGUGUUCGAAGCUGCCUACAGCCUGGCUGCACAGGAGACUGGUGAAGAGGAGCGGGAACUGCCGGAUCUGACCCCAGUGCUACGCUGGAAGAAGGGACAGAAGAUCGCCCAGAAGAAUCAGACAGUUUUUGAAAGAAAUUGCCGGUCUGAGGACUGCGCGGCCGACCUCCAGCUUCGGGGGAAACUACUGCUUUCCAGUGUUGAUGAGAAAACCCCAUACCUAGCUUUAGGGGCUGUGAAGAAUAUCUCUCUAAACAUCUCCAUCUCCAACCUUGGGGACGAUGCCUAUGAUGCCAACGUGUCCUUCAACGUUUCCCGGGAACUCUUCUUCAUCAACAUGUGGCAGAAGGAGGAGAUGGGCAUUUCCUGUGAGCUGCUGGAAUCGGACUUCCUCAAGUGCAGUGUGGGAUUUCCUUUCAUGAGGUCAAAGUCGAAGUAUGAGUUCAGCGUCAUCUUUGAUACAAGCCACCUGUCUGGGGAAGAGGCCUUUCUCAGCUUCAUCGUGACUGCUCAGAGUGGGAACAUGGAGCGCUCUGAAGCCCUGCAUGACAACACACUCACACUGGCAGUUCCUCUGGUGCAUGAAGUGGACACGUCCAUCACUGGAGUUGUGUCCCCAACCUCCUUUGUGUAUGGCGAGUCUGUGGACGCUUCCACCUUCGUUCAGCUGGAUGACCAGGAGUGUCAUUUCCAACCGCUCAACAUCACUCUUCAGGUCUACAACACAGGCCCGAGUACCCUUCCCGGGGCAUCUGUCAGCAUCUCCUUCCCCAGCCGGCUGUCUCCGGGUGGCGCAGAGAUGUUUCAGGUCCAGGAGAUGAUGGUGAGCCAAGAGAAGGGCAACUGCUCUUUCCAGAGGAACCCUACCCCCUGCAUCAUCCCUCAAGAACAAGAAAAUAUCUUCCACACCAUAUUUGCUUUCUUCACCAAAUCUGGAAGGAAAGUGUUGGACUGUGAGAAGCCAGGGAGUUCCUGUCUGACAGUGCACUGCAACCUUAGCGCUCUGCCUAGAGAGGAGAGCCGCACACUCGACCUGUACAUGCUGCUGAACACAGAAAUACUGAAGAAGGACAGCUCCUCUGUCAUCCAGUUCAUGGCUCGUGCCAAGGUGAAGGUGGACCCUGCCCUGAGAGUGGUGGAAAUAGCCAAUGGGAACGCAGAAGAGACUCUGGUGGUCUUCGAGGCCCUGCACAACCUGGAGCCCCGCGGCUACGUUGUGGGGUGGAUCAUCGCCAUCAGUUUGCUGGUGGGAUUCCUCAUCUUCUUGCUGUUGGCGGUGCUGCUGUGGAAGAUGGGCUUCUUCCGCAGAAGGUACAAAGAGAUAAUCGAAGCUGAGAAGAACCGGAAAGAGAAUGAAGAUGGUUGGGACUGGAUGCAGAAAAACCAGUGACCCGCCGUACAGUCAUGUGACGCCCUCAUGCUCCUGUCGCCAGCCUGUGGUCCCUGAUCUUUGUAUCUUCCAUAUUUGGAAGAAAGAAAUCUUCUCCAGAUUUUCCGGAGGCCCCACUGUUCUCCUCCUCAUCCUGUCAAGCCCGGUGCCGACCUGAGAUGGCCAACUCCAGCCAGGUCACAUGACUGGGGCCACCAUGACCUCCCUUUACAAACAAACUCAGAGCUUGGGAGAGACAAGCUGCAGAGCAAAGCAAUAUUUAUGGAUGCAACAUUGCAUGGUCAACCCUCAGGGGAAACUGUUACCUAAAAGUAUUUUUUAUAAAUGUAAGCCUUUUAUAUUGAUCGUGUCUUUAUAUUUGUAUCGAUGUUUUAUUAUUUCUAUUAAAUAGUUCUAUAAUUCACUCAAGCACUGAAACCUUGGAAAUACAUGUACCUGCAUACAAAUUUUAAAAGAGAAAGAACUUAUUGUACUUUGGAACUUGCUGUUUAAAACCUGCAGAUAAAAUAAACUAAAGAAACCUCCUGAAGUGAAUCCACCAAGUUGGGAGUACUGCAGAAACACCGUGGAUGUGGCAAGACCACCUAAGACAUUUCCUAUUGUUGUCACCUGGAGCUGAGGUCAGAGCCUUGAAGAAGUAUCAGUGCUUUCUUUUACGGACCUCUCACUGGGAGAUUCCCAACAGGAACUGCGAUGAAAAGCCUGUUUUCCUCACUGCAGAUGCUCUGCACCCCUCCGACACAUGCAGCGGGACACUUCACCGUCUUCCCUCUGGAGUCAGCAAGCGCUGGAUAGACAACUGGUCAACCUCAGAAUAGCAUCUCAUCCCAGACACUGUGUGCCAGGAUUCAAAGCCCAGGACUGGAGCUGUGCUCUCUCAGCAAAGACCUGUGUCUCUGUGUGUAAGGUGCUGCCUUGUGAUGUCAUUUCAGUUCAAGGAUCUCCAUUUCCUCUGUCACUCUUGCUGUCCCCAAAUGGUAGCGCUGCAGAUUCCUUCCCAGAGAGGAUAGCCCCACUUGAUUUGUGUUAUGUCUUAGGUGGAAUUCUCAAGAGUCAAAACCUGGAAUAAGGACUUGGAUGCAAGUAAGUUAUUGAGAAAGUCCUCCCAGAAGCUAGCAGUGAGGAAGUAGAGAAUAAAAUACAGGAAAGCAGGGGAAGCCAAGCAACAAUGUCCCUUUAGGGGACAACCCACAGCCUGGCUUUAGCCCAAUUGGAUGGUCUGCAAGUCAGGCUCAAGAGUGUCCUGACCAGAUGUCAGGAAGCUGGACUUUUGUGGCCACACACCUGCAGGGAAUGUAAACUUUCUGCCUUUGGUUCUUGCUGACAAGAUGACUGUGUCCUCUAAAGGACAGCUUCAGGGACACCCUCAACCAGGGAGACCCAGAAAUCAUACAAAGAACUCUGAGCCAAGAGCUUUGGUGUUCCCCUCCCCCAAACAAGUGAACGCUAUCUUCAGCUUAAAAAAAAAGCCAUAAAUCAAAGCUGGUCCUAGAAGUCAAAUGUUGCAUCUGACCCUGGAAUGGAGACAGGGGUCACAGCAAGGCUGGGGCAGCUCAGGAAACUAGUACACACCCAGUUCAUAAGUCUUGUCAAAAGAAAUAAGGAAAGAAGUCUUGGCUUUACCAGCCAUGUACAACCUGGACUGUGGGUCGGGCACUGUGCUGGAUGCUGGUGAUCCCCAGAGAACACAGUCUCGGGGUAGUAAGCCAUCCAGCCUGCAGUAGGUGUAGAGUGUGGAUUCUCCAUGAACCCCACUUGCAGCUGUCCUGUGAUGAUGAUGUGCAGAUCAUGUCAUGGUUUCCUUUAAUAAGUCAUUCGAUAUUCUUAGGUGGUGAGGCCACUGCAGUGCCAGCUGCAGUUUUAGCCAAACGCAUCAGUCCCCACUGACUGCUUCCUGCAGAGGGCAUGGCUUCAUGGGGUCAGUGGAGAAUGGUGGCUCACGUGCACAGUCCAGCUAGCCGCACCUGAGAAGUGUGGACAGGGAGGAAGGGCAGACUCGGGUGAAAUAUGGCCGCUUGUGCCUCAUCAUGAAUGAUAAGCCCUCAUGAGUAGCCGUGUGUCAAUAAGUCAGUACAGCUCCAUGGGGCAGAUUUUAAGAAAACGACAUGGUAGCCUCAGAAGCAAAUCCUAACGGCCGCUGUAGGAAGCAUCUUUGCCUGUCUGAUAAUGCUGAGUACCAGGUGGCGGGAGAGCGUGGGAUGUGGCUGCUUGGCACACAGGCAGGGAAGGGGGUGGAGCACUGUCUCAGAGUCCUCUCACUGAGUAGUUCAGCAUCUUCAUGCUAGCCUUCCUCAGGCUAUCAGGGGAAGUGGGCGAGUGUGUUGAUACGUCUGUGUUACCUCUCUCUAGAACAUUCUUUUAAACCCCCGCUGUGUAGCCCAUUGUACCCUUUUGCCUCUGAAUUCACCGUGGAAGCCCUGCAGACAGUCUCUUGGGCACUAUCAUUUAUCUGCUUCCGUGGUUUCAUUGUGUCUUUCAUGGUUUAGCCUGCUCUUUGGACUGGACUGAGUGCUGUUUUGUUUUGUUUUGUUUUUUUUUUUUUGUUUUUAAUAUGAAAAAGGACUAAAGCAAUGCCUCUUUAAGAAACAAAGUGACCCCCUUCUUCUGAGUUUCCACAGGACUCAGGAAAGUCUGGAGCAUCCCAAGGAGGCUAUGCAGUUUAGAAGCACAGGAACACUAGCGAGAGGGAGCUGAGUGCCUGGCUUUGUGCUGACUGACCAAUGCUUGCCUUGUGUUCCUGGCAUCCUAGUGCCCAAAGGCUUGGCAGGCUGCAUGAAGCCCCCCACACCAACUUUCUUGGCUAAAGUCAAAAAGCAUCAUAUCUCAACAAACAGCAGCCAUGUUUGUCGGACACCCCAGUAACCUGUGAUGCUGUUGAGCCCGUCUGGUUAGUGUGGAAUGGUAUUCACAUUUACCUAAGGUUAAGGUAACGUUAUACCUGAUUGCCUGGGGAAUGUACACCUAGGAGAGGUGUGUCCAAUUUCAACUUCCUGAAAUUUGGAGGCGCUUCAGAACAUUGUCAUUUGAGGGAUGGACAGUUCAGUAACAGAGGGUUUGUCUGACAUACGUGAAACACUGGGAGCGCUAUCCCUUUAGCAAACACAAGGCAGAAACCAAGUAUCGUUUCUCAGUUCCUCGAGGACAUGAAAUUUUAAUAGAUGGGGGUUUUGAUACACAGCAGAGAGUAUUUUCUGGGAUAAUGGCUGAAGGGAGGUUGCAGAGCCAAUGGGGCCAAAGCAGCCUUCUAGACGGACUUCUAAGUCUCCCGCCCCCAAGGGGAAUGUGGAGUAAAUCUCCCGACUUGGUGUGGUGUUCUCCACAGCACGCUGGUCUGGAUUUUGCUUCUGUUCAGUUUGCUUUGUUUGAGGUGCACGGUGUGAUUGGCAGUGUGAGUUUAUGCUUUCUGAGUGGUUUGUUGCAGGGCAGGCACCUCCCUGCUCCCCCGCCCCCUCCCGCACGUCCACAGCUUUACUGAGGUAUCCACACAACGCACACUACCCAAGAGGAUUUGGGAUGGGAGAGCUGUCCCUUCUCACUGUGUCCGUGUGUACUCCCGUCUCUGCAGUCACUUCUAAUUCACUUGCACUGUUUGGGAAA